AUGGUUUUCGCUUUGUGCAUUCGUAGGUCAGCUUCGAGUUUGGCUUCCGUAUGUGGUCGUGUGGCUCGAGCCCAGGCCGUCUCCGUCGUUGUUAACCGCUCGUCUCUUGUUUCAAAGCCGUCUCUGCUUCGUCCUUUCUUCGUCUCUCGUGUAUCUCUUUAUUCGACGGCCACUGAGCGGUUAAAGUCCGAUCAGACGCUUCUCCAAGUGAUUGAUUCCGAAAUCAAAGAUGCUUUUGAAGCCGAUGAACACGAUCUGGUUGAAGAGAUAACAGAUUCGGGUGACUUUCCUUUCAAGAUCGAAGAUAAUCCUGGACACCGGACUGUAACCUUGACUAGGGAAUACAAUGGAGAACAGAUUCAGGUAGAAGUAAGCAUGCCUGGUCUCGCAAUGAAUGAAAAUGAAGAAGAUGUAGAUGACAAUGAAGAAUCGAAUGAAUCAAGCAUUCCGCUAGUUGUCACUGUGACCAAGAAGAGUGGACUAGGCCUAGAGUUUAGCUGCACUGCUUCCCCUGGUGAGAUUGUCAUUGAUGGUUUGUCUGUGAAACAUUCCGAGAGUUCUUCCGAAGAACAUUUGGCAUAUGAUGGGCCUGAUUUUCAAGAGUUGGAUGAGAAUAUGCGCAAGUCGUUCCACAAGUAUCUGGAGAACAGAGGAAUAAAAGCAAGCGCAACGGAUUUCUUGUACGAGUACAUGAUGAAGAAAGACAGCAAAGAGUACUUACGUUGGUUGAAGAAUCUCAAAAACUUUAUCCAAGAAUAG